AUGGCGAACAGUGCUCAACUGACGUGGCGCCAGUAUCUCAAAAGGUUGGCCACGUACACCUGCUUAUGCUUUGGACUUGCAAACGCCAGAGAGAUAGGAGAGACAUCCUACCCCUUCAGUGAUAUGGAAUGGCUGAGGAUCUACAAUGCAGCCGUGAAGCGUGGGGGGAUGGUGCACCAGAACUACUACCUAUCAGUUGGGUCCAUGGCAGUCAUGAUCAACGUGAAUGAUGAGAUGCAGGCCACCGAUCGCGAUUACACGAAGUGGAAGCGAGGCCUGAUGUCGGGCAUCGGUGGAACCAUCGUGGAGAAGCCAAUGGUGCGCAAAGAGACGGAUGAGCUGGCAGGGAAGUUCAGAUUUGGCAAGACCAUUUUGAUCACUGACCUCGUCUACAAGUGCAACUCGAAUGCAAGAGGAACGACCAACAUCCAGUACGGGCUCGAUGAAAUGGGCUACGCUGCCACGGUCAUUGACAUCAACAGCUUCAAGAGCGUGACCAGAGCCCAGGAGUUCCUUGAUGCAAUCGAUCACUUGAAGAGGAAUGUGAUGCCAGACAUCGCGUCAGAGGAGAAUGUGACAAUUCACUUUUGGAUAUCGUUUGCAUUCCUCAUCACAGACACUCAUCCAUACCAUGUAUGGGUCGAAGGAAACUUCGCUGAGAGGUUGGCCGAGGCGAUCCGAAACGUUGACAAGAUGGCAACAAGACCGAUCUUUGUGUCGCUCUGCAAGGAUCCCAGGUUUCAUGGUAUUCGGUCUGGUAUCCAGGACGUCGCAAUGGAUUCGGCGGACAUCUUGAGAAGCUACGGGAUCAUGGUCACGACUGAUGAUGGGAUGUGGCGACUGAUGUACGGUCAUGCCGGGAACCAUUACAUGAACAACCACAACAUGCCUGACCGGCUGGGAGUUUUCGCUACCAUGGAGAAGUUCCUAUUCAGACAAAGGGUACUGUUAAUGUGCUCCCUGAAUGUCGAAGCUGCAAAGGGACUGAACGACAUGGUAAAGGAGUCUUCCUUGAAGGUCGGCACCAACCUGGAGCUGAUGGAGGAAGUGCUCAAGGAACCUUCAACGAUUCAGAUCGGAACUGGAGGAGGAGUACCAGAUACUGCGAGCAGUGGAUCCGAUUGCCCAGGCACUGUUGGAGGUGGAAGAAGAGUGAAUGUGGAGUAUGAGAAAGCGCCAUGGAUUGAAGCAACGGUGAGAUCAGUUAUGCCAGAAUCUUCAGCCAACAUGUACGACAUGUGGUUCUAUGUCAACCAUGGGCGCGAUGAGGUGAUUCUAUGCCAAAAACACUACAAUGAACGUGAUGAUGAAGUGAUGCCACGCGAUUUCAUGAAUCAAAACCUUGGAUGUGGAAAAGAGUGCAUUGCCUGCCGCGCCAGUGAAAUGGCAAGGGAAUACAACCUUUGGCCUCCUGAGUACCAACGAAAGACGAUCAUCAAGACGGCGGCAAGGUCUCGUGCAUUCUUCAACAUCAUGGCUGAUGGGGGCAAUGCGAUCACGGUCCCUCAGAAGGAUUUCGUGCAGUUCCUCAAGGACAUCACCAAGGCGAUGGUGGGCAACAAGGGAUGCGAACACGGUGAGAUCCUCAUGAAGGCGUUGUCGCACUUUGGGAUGGUCAGAGUUCCCAGGGAUCGCGUGAAACAGAUCUUCACUGGAAAACGUGGGAGACAAUACAGCGUCAUCCGAGAAGAGUUCAUGCUGGAUGAUGGUCAGGAGGCCCAUGCGAGGUUCGCAUACCGUGUAUCCAAGGACUACGGGAAUGUCUUCUACAAGGACUACCUCAAAAUGGUGCUCGGGGAUGACUUCGCAGAUGCCAUGGGCUAUCUCGACGUUGCAGCUGAGAAAUGUGGCGACGUGGUCGAGAUGCGGCUUGGCAUGCUUGACCUGGCCAACAUGACGAAGUCGCAGAUCACGUUCAUGGAGACGAAAGCUGAUCCAGGUGAGCUGCUUGCGGGCCUGGAAGCAUCGCUCAACAUCUUCCAUGGGACGACAAGGUCUGCCACAACUCCCAACACCAAGAGAGGUGGAUCGAGGAUCACGGAACCCACGGACCACGAAGAGGCCGUUGUGAACUCAAUCUUGCAUGACAUCCCAAUGUACCACAGCCUGCAAAAUGCUUGUUUGAUUGAGGACAAAGAGAUCAGCAUCAUCAACGAGAACUACAAGAGAUCAAUGGAUGAUAAAGUCAACGAUGAUGACAUGGAAUCCGAAGGUCACGGGACCGGGGGAGGUACAUCUACCACCCCGGAACCAACGACCGGAGGUGCGGAAGCAAGUGCCGAAGGAGCAGGUAAAUCUACCGCUCCGGACAUGCACGAUGCGACCAACUCUCCAUCAAACCCUGAAGAGGAGUUCCAAAUCUCUCAGGACAAGGGAGCAAUCAUCGAGGCCAUUGACGCACUCUUUGCCCUGGCAGAUGACAAUAACGUUUGCCUGAAGUGUGGAGAAAGCGGACAUCCCAAUUAUGAGUGUCCGACAAAAGGUGUCGAUCAAGUAAAAUCAGCUUUGGUCAACCUGAGGAAGAAACUACAGGGUGAUGAUGUCCAAGACAAGGAAAUGUCCAAGGAGGAUGACGGCGAAGGACAAGAUCGUUUCCGUCAAGAGAACUACAAGGCCACCAGGGAAGGAGAGUACAUGUACCUCCAAGCUAUUCCGUUGUCGGUAAUCGGAGAUCGAGCACAUGGCGAGAAGAGCAUCAACGGGGUGAGAGCCGAUGAGAAGGGCCCAAUGACAAAAGAGAUGAAAUCGGCGAUGACAUACUCCGACCACAAGAUGUACAAGAAGCUCAUGAUCGGAACCGACAUCGGAAAGCUCAAAAUUCUACCAGUCAACGGCGGCAAGUUCUACUCCAACGGAUAUGCCGGACAUGGAGUUGAAUACCCACUGCCGACGGAAUCCAAUGCGAACCGAGUUCACUUGGAGAACUGCCUAGCAGUUUUGCUUGGGGUGCAGCUCUGCUUUGCUAAGCCAGGAAAUCGCUCCAAGAGUUUGGACCACUUUGCGCAGAGGAAGUUGCCCCCUGACUUUUUUUGGGUAUCAGUUGUCCUUUAUGCCAAACGGGCUGACAUGGCAGAAGCCAUCGUUGGAUCUUUGCCCAUUGCAACCAUCAACGUGAUCAUGGGUAGCACAUGGACUGGUGGGCCACUUCUUGCAGUCCCCGAAUCCAAGGGCAUCAAGACCCCAACGGCCAAAGAGAUCAGUUCCAACUAUCACUUCAUCAAACCGGUGGUGCAGCGCAUGCCAACGAAAGCAGGGAUGUCUGCGCACACACCAGUGCAAGCUCCUGGGCCAGAGUCCGGGAACGAAGAUGCUGAGAGUGAGGGUGAGGGUUCCGAGGGUGAGGACUCCAAGAGCGAAGAGGGGCCAGCUGAGGAACCGGUGGCAAUUUCCCAAGAAUCUAGUGGGGAUGAUGGGAACAGUGAUGAUGAUGAGGUUUCGGAGGAAGAGUCCAGCCAUGGUACGCUCAGUGCACCCACUUUGACCCUCCCUGGAAAAAGCCCUUCAGACCAUGGUGUUGACACUACGCAGUCAGAUUGUAGCUCAGAAGUUUCUUCCCCGACCACUGAGGGAAACAACGACAGCCAGGUGUCAUCAGGAUGGCUUGGGAAGGCUUACAUGCAUGGGAACCAAGAGAAACGCAGGGAGGAAGAGAAACAGAGAGUUCUUGAAGAGGAAAAACACAAGCGGGCUGCAUUUGAAUUCUUGGUCAAGGAAAUCAAAAACGAUUUGGAGGAAGCCCUUGAAACCAAACUUGAAGGUGUCUUGUGGGAUGGCUAUGCUUCUUUCGCUUUCAAUGCCUUUGCGGAUUAUGGUGAGCAUGUGUAUUCCCAUUUGGCUUCAGUUGACACCUAUCAAGAUUGGGUCCGCGAGCAGAAAGCUCAGGAUAUCGGCGAAGGUGCUGCCAAUUCCAAGGAUCUCAAGCGAAAGCAGCCUUUGAACAAGGCAUUGUCCAUGAUGAAUCUUGUGGAGACCCUGGAGGAGCCGGAGAGCUCCUAUAGGACACCCUCCGCCAAGAAACCUCGCCUUGCUACCGAUGUUGUGCGCCAGCUUGAUUUGACCCCACCUCCAGUUGUGGGCAGUCAGACAGCAAUCAAGAUGAGCGCAGCGAAGAAGCAGGACUUUGAUGCCAAGAACGCCGGACAGGGUGCAGUUGAGGGUGCAGUCAUGACUAAAUUUGGCGAAUACGACCUAGUCGCCUUGGAGAUCCCCAUCAUGGCACGUCCACGAGUUGGUGGAAAUCACACUGGGAAGCAUGGUUACACAAUCCGGUCUUCCACAGCAGCCAUCGAAGUUCUUCUGAAGUGCAGAGCCUUUGUCGUCAAACGCAGCGCUGCUGAUCAGGGUGUGAAGGGCCAAAUCACAUGGGCCAAAGUUGGUGGGGUCGAAAAGGCAUGGGCCAUGGCAGUGGCUAUUGCGACUCUUGUCUCCCUGCUCUUUGCCGUGCCGAAUCUUGAGUUCAAGCCGCUGGAGCAUCUUGAAUGCUUCAGUUGCAAAAUGGCAGUCACAAAGGCUGGAAGGAGCGCUAUGCCCUUCGACCUGGAAACCGACCCAGAGAGAAUGGAUUUGAUGUCUCCCAUGGGUUUCGCCAAUGCCCUCUACUAUGCUUGUUCACUGGAACCCGGCUCAGGGAGUCGAGGAAGCACACUCCGAUCUCGUGCCCGGCCACUGGGUCGCCGGGACGCUCCAAGUGUGUGGACUGGCAACGACUAUGCCUCGCCUGUCUUUGAAGCGACCAUUUGGUGCAACUGGCCUGUCAUUCGGGAAGGGGUUGCAGCCAAGCUUCACGAGUUUGUCAAGAGCAAAAAAACGAAGCAAGAGGCAAAGAUGAAGAAGGAGACACGCAAGGAGACGUCCAAGGAGAGGCAGAAGAAGGAGAAGAAAGAGAAGAAGGUUGAAGCGUUGAAAGAAAACAAGCUGAAGGAGAAGAAGAAGCCCAGGGAUGAAAAGAAGGAGGAGGAGAAAGCAGCCAAUAGCGAGAAGAAGGAGAACGAGAAAAAUGAGAAGAAGGAGAAAAAUGAGAAGAAGGAGAAAAAUGAGAAGAAGGAGAAAAAUGAGAAGAAGGAGAAAAAUGAGAAGAAGGAGAAAAUUGAGAAGAAGGAGAAAAAUGAGAAGAAGGACGAGAGCCAGAUGGACAAGAAGCGAGACCCAAGCAAAGGAACAGAUAAGGAUGCGUCCAGGAAGACCAAGGUACCAGAGAAAGGAGAGAAGGAAACAGGUGCCAGGGAAGUAGAGAAUGGCAAGAAGAAAGGUGCUGAAGAUGUUAAGAAGAAGGAUCAGAAGGUAGAAGACAAGAAGCCAGGAGGUAAGGACAACAAGAGUGGAGGAAAGGAGCCGGAGAAUGACAAGGAUACCAAGGAAGAACAGAAGGGUAAGAAGAAAGAGGAGAAGAUUCAGUACGUACCCUGCAAGAAGCAGAAAAUCAACCACAUGUUCGAGUCACCUGUGACACCUCCUCCGACCAGGAAGAACCUGUCUCCUGAACCGUCCGUCGACUCCAGGUCGUUGUCAGCAAAAGAGAAAGCUGAGGACGCAGCCACAGAGUCAGAGAAGGAGGAAAGCGACGAAGACGAAGACCAAGAAGAAGAAGAAGAGGAAGAGUCAGAGGAAGAUACUGCUGGCCCUGCCCACGACGAGGAAAAAGAUGGAGACAAGAUGGCACAGGCUACCCCUGCUGACCCCAACCAGCAUGCGCUGGUUCCAGUAGUUCAAGGCACAGACACCGCGGUGUCCACUUUGAAGAACUCAGCAAGCAACAAAAGAGAGUGGGACACAUACAUGAGACAGUUGAAGGCCCAGACAAAGGUACCAGUCACAGUAUCAGAGUACUGCACGUCCCAUGCAAACCGAGUGGACAUGUUCAACAUGUGGUUGAGCUCAGACAAGGAUUGGUCAAAGUGCGAGUUGCUACUGGAGCGAAAAAUGGAGAAGAAGAAUGAGGGAACAAAGGGGUGGCAGGCCAUCCAAAGUCGUGUCCUGGCAGAAAAGUAUCCAGAGGAAAAAUGGCUCAAGAUAAAAGAGUCACGAAAGGAAGCAUGGUACUACAUGCGUAUAGGAACAACAUACAAAGAAAAGGAGUCCACCAGUGAGUCUUUGGCUUUGAAAGGAAGGAUGGAAUGCGACCAAGCCCUCCGGCAAUCGCUCACCGACCCUGAAGAAGGUAUGUUGCGGCCUGGUGCUCUUCCGAAGAUUUCCACAGCGAGCGCUUCUGGAAACAAGGCCAUCCUGGACAGCUUGGGCAAGGUGGCGGCGGUUCCAAAAGCAAAAGCAAAGAAAGAGGAGUCUCAGGAAGUGCAACCCCAAACAUGGGAAGAGAAAGCGACUGAAACCCUGGGCCAGUUGCUGUCUGCAGCUGCCAAGGCCAGGACCCUUUCCAUCAAGUUGGGAAAUUUGGAGUAUGCAGCAGAAUUGAGCAAGCAACUCCUGAGCCAUGCUUCACUUCUUGAAGACUUCUACAAAGAGCUGCAAGCAGCUUUGGAAAAGAAGGAAGGAGACAAGAUCUUACGAAAAAUCCUGGACCGCAUCCAGGAAACAAUGAAUGCCUGUGACAAAGCUGAGGCUGCCGCUGAUGCCUUUCUGAAGGUGCCCGAGCAGUACAUCAAUCGUCCAGGCUGCAAGGGAUCCUCAGUUGCCGACCAUGAGUUACCUCACCAAGCCUUGAAGGCUUUUGCGAGCCUUGGGGCAGAUGGCAAACGUGGAGCCAAUUGUGAACGGGACUUGCACCGUUGGCUGAAAGGUCUGUGGGGCGUAGAGCUGCAGACCUACACCCUCAAAGUUCCAUUGCAGGUACGGUCCAACAUCAACAAGGUGAUCGCCGAGGUUACAGCGUGGUCCAUGCGGGUUUGUGCUUCAGGAAUGUUUCCCACUACUGGGUUCAACGGGGAGCAGUUCGAGAAGAACACUUAUCGAUACAAACUGGGAUGCUACAUGAGUAUGAAAGCCGACUUGAAAGCCCGCAAACAGCUGAAUGAGUUUCAACGCAAUUACCAGUGCAAUUUGCCCCUUGGUCCGGCAGUGCUCACUUCGACCUGGAAGUCGCGGUUGAGGUCCGGCUGUGCCCACUGGGAUCUGGACUGCGAGGAGGAGGCGGAGGAGGAGGAGGUGAGGUGUUGUGACAGAUGCUUGGCCCAAACUGGUAAGGGGUCCACAGAACCAAUGGAUUACCGAAACCUGGGUGCCUCCAAAGCUUGGGAUCUCACGCUGCUUUCUCACGAGCAGUACGUAGCCCUGGAUGCGUCAUCGUUGAGCCCAUGGAUGAGCAUGCCGGGCUUUACGUUCGAAACCGUAUCAUUCGAUUGGAUGCAUAAUAUCUAUUUGGGUACUGGGCGUGACCUGUUUGCCAGUGGUCUCAAAACAUUGGUGGAAAGGGGUGUCUACGACUAUACUGGUCUCACUGACACAGAUGACCUUUUGUUUCAUGCUGAGGGACGCAUGCGGGCAGCAUGUUCUGAGCACAAGUUGUUCUUUCCCGGCAAGCCCAGCAUCAACUCACAUACCUUGGGAGGAGAUGACGACUAUUGUGAACUGUCAUCUCGAUUUAAAGCAGCUCACGUAAAGGAUGCUGUGCUACAAGUCUUGGGGGCUUGUUGCUACUUCCUUCAGAGAACCACCGAGAUUUUUGAUUCCAGUGGCCUUGUCCUGACUCCCGAUCAGGCCAGCGAAGCGUCCCAGUGCCUGGCGGAUCAUUUAGUCUGCUACGGGUGGCUUGCUGCUCGAGACUACGACCGCCGGGUCAUGAGAUUCAAGAUCAGGGUGAAGUGUCACUACCUUUGGCAUGUGUCUUGGGAAAUUUCCAAAUACAAACUGAACCAAAAUUUGUUCCAUACUUUUCAGGAGGAAUCAUAUUUAGGUAAAAUCAAGGCUGUUGCCACUAAGUGCCAUGGCCGGACUUGCACUGGAAGAAUAUUCCAACGACUUUUCCUUUGUUUUGCCAUUUUUUUACAUGAGAAUGGCAAGGCUGACAAUGACCACUUGGCUUGA